GGGAAAAAAAAUUGACAGCCAUUUGUUUACAAUAUUGCUAGAACAUUUUGCGAAAAAAAAGUGAUUAUCAACACGCAUUAGUGAAAUAUCUCAAAAAUGAGCCUCAUAAUGGCAAGAAGUAUGUGCCUUCGCAUGACCGCGCAACGAAUAAUUGCGUGCCAGCACCGAUGGUCGAGCACAGCUGCGGAACCAUCCGCUACUGAACAACCGGCCGAAUUCUACGACAUAAUCAUCGCCGGAGGAGGAAUGGUCGGUACAACACUGGCUUGUUCAUUGGGAAAGAAUCCCCGCUUGGCCGACCGAAAAACCUUACUGCUAGAAGCAGCCGCCGGUUUCAAACCGUGCUCAACUGAAACGUACAGCAAUCGGGUGUCUGCCAUCAGCAAAGGAACCUACCGGCUGAUGAAAGCGAUCGGCGCUUGGCCAGAAAUCGAGGCGACUCGCGUGAAAUCGGUGCUUAAAAUGCAAGUUUGGGAUGCCUGCUCGGAUGCGCUGAUAACGUUUAACUAUGACGAUCUGUCCGAUAACAUUUCCUGGAUUGUUGAGAAUGAUGUCCUGCUGGCCAGUGUCUACCGGCAGCUGGAGACUGUGAGCUCCGUGGAGAUAAGGUAUUCCACCCGAAUGGAGGAGUGCCGGCUGAUUCGUGAUGGAGCGGAUAUGAGCACCGUUCGGUUGGCCAAUGGCAAUCGGUUGAAAUGUGAGUUACUGAUUGGAGCCGAUGGUUACAACUCCUUGGUUCGCCGGUCGAUGGGAGUCGAUAACUUCACCCUCGCCUACAAUCAGAUGGGUGUGGUGGCGACCCUCAAAUUAGCUGGAGGAGCAGCGAACAACGUCACAGCUUGGCAACGGUUUCUUCCGACCGGUCCUAUUGCCUUGUUACCAUUGAACGACGAAAUGAGUUCACUUGUUUGGUCCACCAGUGUACCGGAGGCGAAGCGAUUGCUCCAGUUGGACGAACCUUCAUUCGUUGCAGCAGUCAACGAAGCUUUCAACAAAUCGUACCCGAAAAACAACAUCGUUGAGGACGUUAUGAAAAAUGUGAACUCUCUUAUAUCUGCUUCAACUGGAAGUAGACUGGAACCUCCUCCGGUUGUUGAGAGUGUGAUGGAAAAGUCGCGUGCCGCCUUUCCACUGGGGCUUGGUCAUACCAGUACCUAUGUCGGACAGGGGGUUUGCCUUAUUGGGGAUGCCGCUCAUCGGGUUCACCCGCUCGCUGGUCAGGGAGUUAAUUUGGGCUUCGGUGACGUCCAGUGUCUCACGGAUACGCUUGCAGAGGCGAACUACAGCGGUCUUGGAUUAAAUAACCUCUCCCAGCUGGUCAAAUACGAACAGGAGCGGUUGAAGCAUAACAUCCCCAUACUGCUAACAACGCACGGUUUACAGCGGCUGUACACGACUGACUUUCCACCCAUCGUUGGACUGCGAAGUAUUGGCUUAACCAUCACGAAUGCGUUGCCUCCGGUUAAGAAAUUUCUGAUGAAUUAUGCCAUGUCUUAAAGCAGAGCGACAGUACCGCUCAGUAACUCUCUGCGCUGGUUCCGGUGCGUGAAAAGACGUGUGGCUAUUGUGGAAUUUAAAGAAUUCUCUAUAAAAUGUGAGUGAGAGAGAGUGAGAGCGUUUUAAUUACCUAGUCGUUCGGCCGUUAGCUGGUUAAUUCUACAAUAGAUCAUCGAAACGACGAUCGGUGCCAGGUGCGGGAACCGGCUAGGGCUGGGUCGGUGCAGUGAAUUAUCAUUAUUUAUGGUUGAAAUAACAUCAAAAGAGAGUGUUUAAGUGGAUUAUUAACCGUCUAGUAUUUAUGUACUUUAACUAUACUGAGUGUCAGGGACACAAUAAUUUGUUAAUUUGUAA